AUGGCUGUAACGCGGAGAAGUCGCACUGGUUGCAUCACUUGCAAGACUCGUCGUAUCAAGUGUGACGAGCAGAAACCCUCAUGCCGACGCUGUAUCUCCUCCAAACUAAUAUGUGAAGGAUACUUUGUGGGACCCAGAUCUAUUUCCGCCCCCUCUCAGCUUCUGAAUGACGAGGAACGGCGGGCUUUCCUUUUCUUUCAGACCAGAACUGUUCACCGAAUUUUCGGCCAACGUGACGCGAAAGACUGGAUCUCUAUUCUUCUCCAACUAAGUCAUGCUAAGCCACCUGUUAAGCAUGUGAUUGUUGCACUUGCCUCUGUGCAUGAAAGUCUGGAACCUGUCAACGACUUUAUCUUGAUACGAAAGCGUCCUGGGCCAGCUGAAAAUAUAGCUUACAUGGCGGCUCUGAAACACUACAACAUUAUGAUUCAUUUCCUCCGAACCGAGCCAUUAAAUACGUCUUCCCAGCCUGACACAAUACUAGUGUUGUGUAUCUUGGCCGUGUGUUUCGAACAGUUUCGAGGUAACGACGCAACAUGUCUUCUCCAUCUGACCGCAGGCAUUCAGCUCCUUUCUUCGUGGAGGACGCGCACGGACAACUACAACAAACUUCAAAAUUUCUCUCGACCGACAGCAGACUUAAUUAACCAACAACUUGCACCCAUUCUUCAACGAUUACGUGUGCAAUUUGCUUUGUGUAUGGACCUUCGCCACGCCUGGAGAAAUACAGGUAGCCCUCCUUACUUACCCCGGCCAAGUAUACCUUCUUCCUACGAAGAUCUUGACAAAGCACGUUCAGAUUUUGAUCGACUCAUGAACUAUACCUUUACCACCAUGGAACGCUGCCUCGAAGAAGGGCGCACAAUACCUAAAGACCAUCUCACAGCCACGCUGAUACAUUGGAGACAAGCAAUGAACCCAUCAAGAGCCACCGGAAGAAGCUCAUCCAUUCAAACGUGUACGUAUAAGUUGUUGAUGCUGUACUUUCACUUGUCCUUGAUCAUAAUCGGCACAUAUGGGACCUCCUUCGAGACCGAUUUUGAUGAGCAUGGAGAUGCAUUUGAGCUCAUCGCCAACCUGGCUCACGAACUACUGCAAUACUGGAGGACAGAGCCACAUCAGUAUAGCUCAUUAUUCAGUUUCGAUCUUGGUAUAACACCACCGAUGUUCUUCGUUGCAUCUCGUUGCCGUAACUCCAAGAUUCGUCGCAAGGCUCUUGGAGUUAUGCUUCUCUCUCCAUUCUAUCAUGGCACAUGGUCAGAUCGAUAUACCGGUCUUUGUGCUCAACGGAUCAUCGAGAUCGAGGAGGAAAGUCAGCAACCUUCUGGAGACAAUAUGUAUAUUCCUGAACAUCAGCGUAUACGAAAAGUAUCUGCGGAUCUAGAGAAGGACAACGCGCAGAUUGUCAUGCAAUAUAUCAGAGCUCCUUUCCAUCAAACAUCGGAGGUUUACAACACGUUCAUUCCGGUGGAAGAAUGA